AUGGACUCAGAGAAUGUUCUGCUCAAACGUCCUAGGAUUACAGACGCAGAUGGUAUGGGUCUGGGGUGUGUAGGCAACCGUGUAUUAGACUACUUAGAGGAUCAAUGCCUGCACACAGCCACGCCUGAGACAGGGCAGGAUAGCGUGCACCUGGUGUGUGAAUGGGCUUUGGGGAUUCUGCGAGAGAUUACUAUGGAUGUCACAG